AUGAAUGGAAUAGCAUUAAAUCAAAUUUCUCCAAACAAAUGGAUAACAAAUAAUGAACUGCAAUAUUCUUAUGGAUGGUUAGGAAUCAAAUGUCAAUCAAUCAAUCAACAUCAAUCCUAUAGAAUGAAGCAGACGCAAUCAAUCAAUGAACCGCAAAUUUCAUUUAUAUUCGAUGAGGAAAAUGGAACAAUCACAACCAGAAAUUGUGGAUUUAUUGAUCCACAUUUUAUGAAAGAAGACAUUUUUGUCUAUAUGGAGAAUAGUAACACCGACAAUGUAACCAAAAAACUGAAAAAAAAACCAAGGAAUCAAUUACUUGAGUAA